AUGGUCCGUCAAUCUCCCCCCAACCCCCAGCCCCAACUCCAAUCCUCCCACCGCAUCAGCCAAGAUUGUCGACGCCAACUAUCAUCAAUCCGAGAAAUGCUGCGCGCCCACCGGGAAUCCAACCACGCCUCAAUAACUCAACUCGAAAACUCUCUUUCAUCCCUACCGGACCUAGAAACUCUCCAACGUCAAGUAGCAUCAAUGGAAGAAAUGCUGCGCGUCCAACGAGAAACCAGCCAAGCCCAAAUAACUCAAUUGCAAAACUCCAUUUUCUCCCAACCAAAUGUAGCAGCUCUCCAAAGCCAGCUGUCCUCAAUUCAAGAGCUACUGCGCGUCCAACAACAACUCAGCCAAACCUACAACAAAACACACGAUAACAGCGAUGCCGUAACUCAACCGCCAAUCGUAAACAUCACAAUCAACGGCCACGGUAUUGAUAUUAAUCGUAUGAGAAACCUAACGCCUGCUACCAGCGAGACGUCUGGGAUGGAAUGGGGGUUUCAAUUCUUCACUCCAAAUACCCAGACUCCUGCUUCCGCUGCCACACCAUCCCAAUCUACCGCCCAGCCAUCCUCUCCAACACCGCUACUUCAAAACCCCACGCCCAGAGGAAAGCGACCCUCAAAGGCUCAAGAAAACACACGUGCCAAUGCGCAAGUCCACACCCCAGCGACCAACGAUCCCUGUGUCCUCGUUGGACUCUGCGAAGACCUAACCCUCAUCUCUAUUUUCAUUAUUUUCUGUAUGGCGUUGCUGUCUCUGCUUUACUUGUCUUGCAUGUUUGUUUGGGGGGUGUGA